GUCACAUCCUCAGUCCACCAAUAUUAUCAACAGUCUUUGAGUCAGUCUUCCCGCACCAGUCUGCAGUCUCUUAGUCAUCCCCUGUACUGUCUGCAGUCUCUUAGUCAUCCCCUGUACUGUCUGCAGUCUCUGGUCAUCCCCUGUACUGUGUCCGCAGUCUCUGGUCAUCCCCUGUACUGUGUCCGCAGUCCCUGGUCAUCUCCUGUACUGUGUCCGCAGUCCCUGGUCAUCUCCUGUACUGUGUCCGCAGUCUCUGGUCAUCUCCUGUACUGUGUCCGCAGUCUCUGGUCAUCUCCUGUACUGUGUCCGCAGUCUCUGGUCAUCUCCUGUACUGUGUCCGCAGUCCAUGGUCAUCUCCUGUACUGUGUCCGCAGUCCCUGGUCAUCUCCUGUACUGUGUCCGCAGUCCCUGGUCAUCUCCUGUACUGUGUCCGCAGUCUCUGGUCAUCUCCUGUACUGUGUCCGCAGUCUCUGGUCAUCUCCUGUACUGUGUCCGCAGUCUCUGGUCAUCUCC